AAGCUACCGUGGACAACACAUUUAUAAGACCACCCCGGCCUUGCGUUCGAUUUAAGGGAAAAUAUGAACCUUGAGGGGUCGUGAUCUUGUCUAGAAUUGGCUUAGCUUAGAUCUCCAAGUUUCCCCGCAGAACCUCAUCUGCCGAACAGCACGAAUCAUCCUUAGCCAAUUCCGUGCAUCAUGCGGCGAUACCCCUCAAUACAUACCGGGGCUGUGGAGACGACGGCUCCGAUCGCUGCGCGGGGUCUUCUAUUCUUUUGUUCCUUGAGCUGACUUCACACCGUUCGUGUAGCUCUCGAUCUUAUAUCUGCUCGGAUUCCUUACUAGCAAGUCGCAUUGGUUUGUAAAUGCUUAAUCCCCUUCUUUGGAAUCUUUUGGGACUGAGUUUGAAACCAUCACUCCAGUCUUCGAGCCCCAUUCCACCAUCUCAAAGUUUCGAAGCCCGUUCGAGCUGAACGUCCAAGAUGCUGAACAAAAUCGCGCUCGAAGAAGCCUGGAAUAUUCCCGAUGCAGGAUCUCUCGGAGGCUUUCAACCUGGCUCUCUGGCCCCAAAGGGCGUCAUAGGCGGCGACCUGGGCGCGAACCUCCUCGAUGUCCACGGAACACGGCUCCAGCAGAUGGACGAGAACGGCGUCGAAUUCAUGGUUCUAUCGCUUGUAUCCGCUGGUCCCCAAGGUAUCGCAGACAGAGAAGCAGCUGAGAAGCUCGCAAGAGUAGGCAACGAUGCCCUCAGCAAAGAAGUCAUGAAGAACCCCAAACGCUUCGCCGGCCUCGUAAGCCUAAGCAUGCACGACCCCUCGCAAGCGAGUCAAGAGCUACGACGCUGCUGGACCGAACUGCAAGGCUUCGUCGGCGUCAUCCUGAACGACUUCCAAUCCGCCGGCUCCGACGGAAACACCAUGCUCUACUACGACGACCCGGCCUACGACACCUUCUGGAAGACGGCCGAGGAACUCAAUGCACCAGUGUACAUCCACCCGCGCUCUGCGACGCCCGAGAUCACGGAGAAAAUGUGGAAGGGCCGCGAGCAUCUCGCCUUCUCCGCCCUCGGCUACGCAAACCGCGUGAACAUGCACCUCCUCGGCAUCAUCACCGCGGGCGUGCUGGACCGCUUCCCGCGCCUCAAACUCGUCGUAGGCCAUAUGGGCGAGCAUAUCCCAUACGACCUCUACCGCAUCGAUCACAAGCUAAACCGCGCACGCUUCCCAAACAUGCGCAUGCGCAAGGACCGCCUCGUGCGCGACUACUUCGGCACGCAGGUCUUCAUCACCACGUCUGGCCAUUUCAGCACGCCCGCGCUGCUGUGUGCGAUCGCGGAGAUUGGGGUGGAGGCGUGCAUGUUUAGUAUCGAUUAUCCGUUUGAGAGUAUUCCGAAUGGGUGUGUGUGGUUCGACGAGCAUGCUGGUAGAUCUUUCGGCUUGUCUUCGUACUCCAGCGUCUUCAGCGCGUUGGCGAGAUAUGCGCGUGCCUGA